CACUAGGAAAACACCUUUAGACGCCAACAGAAUUUUGUCAUAACCACACCUACAUUUUUUCUUUCAAAAUGUCGUUUAAUUCCGUUUUGUUGGUGAGUGUGUUGGCGCUGUGUGCAUACUCCGCGCAGGGGUAUGACCUGCAGGUGGGCUCCACGGGGGUGCUGGCUUAUUCGGAGAAAGUCAGCCUCUCCGGGAUCCCCUUCACCACCAGGACCAAGAAUGUGUUCUACACGAACCCUGCAAACCAGCUGAUACGGGGCGUAUACGCGCUGGACCAAGACAUCGGCUCCAAGUCGAAGGCCACCAUCACGUCGGGCGGCGUGGGGUUCCCCUUCGUGAACAUCCGGCUGAAGGGCACCCGCAACGACCCACUCACAUACCAGGUGCAGGUGUUCGUGUGAGCUGGUGCAGCGAGGGAGGAUGAUGAAGAAAAAAGAAGCAUUGAUAUUUUACAUGGAACUGUAUUAGUAAUACCGACGAGUAUGUACACUCACGGGCAAUGAAAUAGUUCAACUCACAAAAAACUGACACCAAACGACCGAAUUUUUUUCCAAUAUUUAAUUAAAAUUUUGAAUAAAAUAUAAAAA